GCGCGCGCAUAGGAUGCGGCAGCAUUAAACGGUUGCGGGCGCAGCGGGCUCCAGUCGUUCCCUCUGGGCCUUCGCUGCCACUUCUGCAUCGCGAACCGGGAGAGCUCGGCAGCCAGACCUCGCUUCCGUCAGUUUCUAGCUAGCAUCUAGUUGUCGCGACUCCGCCACGAUGUUCGAGGCUCGCCUGGUCCAGGGUUCCAUCCUGAAGAAGGUGUUGGAGGCUCUCAAAGACCUCAUCAACGAGGCCUGCUGGGACAUCAGCUCGGGCGGAGUGAACCUGCAGAGCAUGGACUCGUCGCACGUCUCCUUAGUGCAGCUCACUCUGCGCUCCGAAGGCUUCGACACGUACCGCUGCGACCGCAACCUGGCCAUGGGCGUGAACCUCACCAGCAUGUCCAAAAUACUAAAAUGUGCUGGUAAUGAAGACAUAAUUACACUGAGGGCUGAAGAUAAUGCUGAUACCUUAGCGCUUGUAUUUGAAGCACCAAAUCAAGAGAAAGUUUCAGACUAUGAAAUGAAGUUAAUGGACUUAGAUGUUGAGCAACUUGGAAUCCCUGAACAGGAGUACAGCUGUGUAGUGAAGAUGCCUUCUGGUGAAUUUGCACGCAUAUGCCGAGACCUUAGCCAUAUUGGAGAUGCUGUGGUAAUAUCCUGUGCAAAGAACGGGGUGACGUUUUCUGCAAGUGGAGAGCUUGGAAAUGGACACAUUAAAUUGUCACAAACAAGUAACGUUGAUAAAGAGGAGGAAGCUGUAACCAUAGAUAUGAAUGAGCCGGUUCAGCUAACUUUUGCACUGAGGUAUCUGAACUUUUUCACAAAAGCCACACCACUGUCUCCUACAGUAACACUCAGUAUGUCUGCAGAUGUACCUCUUGUUGUAGAAUACAAAAUUUCUGACAUGGGACACUUAAAAUAUUAUUUGGCUCCCAAGAUCGAAGAUGAAGAAGGAUCUUAGGUGUUACUAGAAUCUGAGAAAACUAAUCCCCUUUGAGAACUGCUUCUGACAUGCCAGCAUGUUUUAAAGUCUUUUCUGUUACCGAGUUUGUACCUGAGUACAUAUGUAGAUAUCUUCUGUAAAUAACCUACUUUUUCUUUCUCUUCUCCACAAUUUGUUUAAAGAAUAAACUCCAAAGUAAAAACUG